AUAAUGUUAAUGGGUUUGUGGGCCAAAAGUAGGACUUCCAUUAUGUCCAUAGUGCGCCAACAAUUGAUCGGCAGCCAAACCAGGGAACUGAUCAUCAUCAACAUCAUAUACUGUUCAAUUUUUAACGGCAAUGAGUGUCCUUUUGUAGCAAGAAAAAGUAGCAGAAGAAGAGUGAACAACUACUUAUAGGUGAUUCAGACACACACACACACAUAAGUAUUGUUUGGAAGUAGUGGAAGAUGAAUGUAGGCAUGAAGAAGCAGAAGCCAUAUAUUGCAGUGGUAAUCAUGCAGUGUAGCUAUGCAGGCAUGAUUUUGUUGUCAAAGGCAGCUAUGUCUUCAGGUCUGAAGCCUUCUGUGUUUGUCGCGUACCGACAAGCAUUCGCCACUCUUGCACUGCUGCCCUUUGUGUUCUUCUUCCGUAGCAAGAGAGGUCCUCCUCUUACAUGGACCGGACUUUUCAAGAUUUUCUUUAUUUCUUCCUACGGGCUUGCUUUGAGCUUGAAUCUAAAUUUAGCUGGAUUGGAGUACAUCUCUGCAACAUUUGGUACAGCCAUAUUGAGUAUAGUUCCUGCUUUGGUCUUUAUCAUGGCUGUUUGUAUGAGGAUUGAAAGCCUUGCCAUAACUCAAUGGCAUGGAAUGGCUAAGGUACUGGGCACCAUUGUCGGUCUCUCAGGAGCCAUGGCCUUCACUUUUUACAAGGGCCCUCCUCUAUUUUCAAGUUCAACAACUCAUGGAAACAGCCAUUCUUUCCAUACAAAACAAGAAUGGAUCAAGGGUUCUCUUCUCGCCAUUGUUGCCCAAAUCUUCUACUCCUUGUGGCUAACCAUGCAGGCUCCACUUAUGAAGCAGUAUCCAGACAAAUUGCGGCUCAUGAUUCUACAGUGUGGCUUCAGUAGCCUGACGGCAACAAUUUAUGGCGCAGCCAUGGAGAGUAACCUAACCUCCUGGAAGCUUGCCUGGAACAUCCAACUCUUAUCCAUACUCUAUUGUGGUGUCAUUGUGACAGGGAUAACUUACUGGUUGCAAGCUUGGGUUAUCGAGCAGAAAGGCCCUGUUUUCAGUGCUAUUUUUGGGCCAUUGGCGCUUAUUUUAGCAGCAAUAUUCUCAGCUCUUUUCCUCAACGAAACUCUCCACUGGGGAAGCGUUUUGGGAGGGGGACUACUUAUUGCUGGGCUGUAUAGUUUUCUUUGGGGUAGAAAUCGAGAGGCCCAAAACAGUGCCCGACAACAAUUGAAUCAUUCAUUGGAGGAAGCCCAUUUUGAAGGCAUCACAUCAAUAUCACCGGAUGAAGAGCAGCCCAAAAUCAUUCCCUAAAUUAACCAUUCUCUACUUUUUAAUCAUUUCUACUUUAGGGGUUUUUGCUAUAAUUUUCGCUUGUACGGAGCCCACCAAAACUGUCGAUUUAUGUUGGUAAAAAUAGAAAGAGACAGAGAGAUAGAGAGUUGGGUUGGUGA